AUGAACCUUAGGUCAAAGACAGGAUGCAUCACCUGUAGGAUUCGGCGAGUCAAAUGUGAUGAAACAAAACCGCUGUGUACUCGAUGUCAAUCGUCUGGGCGCCAAUGCGAUGGCUACUUGCCCGAUACAAUAGUGAUUUCGAGACAGGAGCUUGUUGAAGCUGCCCGAAACCUCGGAACUAUUGGCCCAAUUUCACGAGCUCUAGCACAAAGGCCGUCGUCGCCUGUCAAUUGUAUCCAACCUUCAGAUAUGCCAUUUUUCGACACCUUUCGGUAUGCCAUUAUCCCUGGCACAUCUUUCUUCUUCCCGUCGAGCUUCUGGCAACGUACAGUGAUACAGAUGGCGCACCGCGAGCCCGCCAUUUGGCAUGCCACGGUCGCACUCGGCGCUCUUCAUCAACGAUCAGAGAUGCUACUUCAAGGGACAGAGGAUGAUACAAGUCUCAUCCUUGACCAGGCCUCUGCCCACUACGGUAAAGCAAUGGCUCUGGUAAAGGAUCUCCAUUCACCAGAGACGAUGGCAGCCGUCGCAAUUGCACUUGUGGCAGCUGCGAAUAUGCUUGAGCGAUGGUCUGAGAUGCACAUGCAUGUAAUGGCGGGCUUCAGAAUCAUUGCAGAAAAUGUCGCGCGUGUCCCGGGCCUCGUGGCCCUUGAAGGGUUGCUAGCAAAGACUGACCUACAAGCCAUGACGUUCAGCGACAGCCAGUGCCCGUACCCUUACGAGCAAUCAUCUGCUGUCUUUGCUAUGAAUGGGUCCCUCGCCUCCCCUAUCACAGAUGGCGGGUCCUACGAAGAGUUGGCUAGAGAGCUCUUCAGGCUCAUGAGGGCUCUCUUUCUCCUUGACAAUGGCACUCCGCCAGCAAAUGCCCAGCAUGGCCCGUGGCUCACAAGUUUUGCAGUGUUCCUUCGCAGACUGGCUUCCUGGGAGCUCAAGAUGGAGGAAUUCGAAUCCGUCCAUUGGCCCACUGAUGAUGAGCACACAGCAAGGCUUGCAAUACGACUGUACCAUGUGACUCUCAGGACGCUAAUUCGAGGAACAGCUUUCGGGCCCGAGACUCGUUGGGAUGCACUUCUUGGUUACUUUGAGUACGCAGCCGCGCUUGCUACCUCACUGCAAGAGCGCCUUCGUACAGCCGCCAUUCCAAAUAUCAGUGUUGAGCCUGGGCUGAUCAUUCCGCUGUGGAUGAUUAGCCAUCGAUGCAGACACCCCGCUUUGCGUCGGGUCGCGAUCAACAUGAUGGCAGAGGCGAAGAGGAUCGAGGGCAUGUGGAUGAGUGACGCCACUGCCCAGGUAAUGAGGACUAUUCUAGCCGUAGAAGAGGAAUCGAUGGGUCCUGGCAGCGCACAUGUCUGGCCGCCACCUGUGUUAGAUUCAUCGUCCCUGGAGAUUCCUUGGAGUGCGUGGUCUAAGCUAGGGUUUGAUGUUCCCACCACGCUCAGUUGGUCUGAUGUGCCAGUCAUACCAGAAGAGAACCGGGUGAAGGAGCUUCUCGGCACGAAGCGAGUUGGGAAGCGAUCUGCUGAUCUUCGGCUUUUGAUGGGCUCGGCUGAUGAUGAGAGUUCGUUUGGGCUAGUUAGGGAGAUAAGCAUAAGUUUCUAA